AUGGUCGAUGCGGGUGCUUCCGUGCAGGACCAGCAGCUUCAUGCGGCACGGGAGCUCUCAACGUCGAAGCUGCUGGUUGGAGUCUCCAGCGGGCUAUCACUGCUUGGGGCGCUGGUGAUGAUCGCGCACUUCCUGGCAUAUCAAGAGUCGAGACGAUGUGGACGACGCCUGCUAUUUUGCUUACACUUGGCCGAUGCGGGGGCUGCUUGCGCUUGGCUCCUGAUGUUCGUGCUACCGGCCGUGGAUGAAGACGUAGAUCCCGUCGAUGUGCAUACAGCAAGAACUUGCACUGUUCAAGUACGUUUUGAUUCAUUAGCGUCGUGCUUUUGGACUGCGUGCUUUGCAUUCUACCUAUUUCAGCUACUAGCGGGACGGUCCAAAGCUCCCGAACUGUGUGAAGAUCGCUACCACCUUGUGGCAUGGGGGAUACCCGCAGCGACUGUUGCCCAUUUGUAUGCGCAGACGUUAGCUGGUACCGGUCUCGUAGGCGAGAGCGGACGGCCUUGGUGUUGGAUACGCUCAUGGAGUGACGACCAGUGGAGUGUUGAAGGAUUCUACGUCCAGCUCGUUAUUUUCUACGUGCCGGUGGUCCUCAUAUUUCUGCACAACCUCGUGACGUACGUGAUGCUGCUGUAUUCAAUGACUGACAGCUUAUCAACGAGCAUGGAGACUCGCGUUCACUAUCGCCUUUUGCUCUACAGCUGGGCAUUUUUCCUGCCGAAUGUCUGGAUCGUCUUCGCGUUUGCUUACCAAGCUGUGGCUCCAAACCACGCUCUCAAUGCUCCACUUCUGUAUUUAGUCAGUUUCUUUACUCCGUUGCAGGGAUUGAUGAAUGCAAUCGUCUACGGAGUGAACCGCACUCAGGCAAUGGACACCGAGAGCGGAGAGCUGGUAGCGUCAUUCCUCUCCUCGGGAGAGCGCCGCCAGCUUCGGGCAGUGAGCAGGCGGUGGCUCUUCACGUGCACGUGGUUGCAGUUCACUGGUAGCAAUGGAGACGACGUCCAGCCGAGAAAAUCGCAAUGGAAUUUCCGCAGUCGAGCAUUCCGACACAAUUGGAACACUUUCAUCCGCAAUGAAUGCCAGACAUUCUUACCACGCCUGCUGGAGCUGCUGCCUGCAGCUGCAAUGGCCGAAACGAUGGAGCUGAAGAAGGGACUUUGCUUGUCGACGAAUACCGGACAACGACCAUCGUUUGAGAACACGCACGCACGGAGCGGCUACAUCCAGCAGAAGAUCAACCGUUGUGGGAACCUGCCCAACCUCCUGCUGACUGAAGAGCUGAGCGAGUUCCGAUCCGAGCUCUUUCGAGUCAAGCAACCGGAUUGUUGGAAUAUGGCGCUGUAUGGCGGAGGACCGGGGUAUGACGCGCUCGGACUCGUCUUCAUGCGUGAGUACCUCCGAGCUUGGGACGUGAACUUCCACACUACUGUGUACGACAAUGAGCCGGGUUGGAAAUGUGCAAUCGAUGCGGUGGGCCAGACAUUGGAGCAAAUGGAGCAACACAACGCCUCGGUGGACUUCCAGCUCUGUGACAUCACGUUUGACGUGCACGCAGAAGAGAAUUCUCACGUGUCGAAGACUUUGAAGAACACACAGCUGCACGUGUUUUCGUUCGUGUGCGCGGAAAAUUUCUGCCUGCUUCGGGGCAGCGCGUACGUGUUCCUGCGCUCGCUCUUCUCGCAGUGUAGCGCCGGCAGCUACUUCAUUUUCACGGACUCGACUCAUCGGCUGUGGCCUGCCAUCUUCGACGUGGCCAAGGCCAUUGCACCCGACAGAUUUCGUGUCUGGACACCAUUCGCUCGUAGCUGCCACUUCGCCCUCGUGCUGCAGAAGUUACCCGAAUAUUCAGCUCCUGCCUCCACUUAUCCUUUCUAUAGUCAGGCAAUGGAAAAGCUUCAAGAUUUUCGACGGCAUCAACAGCAACAUCUCAAAACGAUGGAGGCGCAACAGCCAACUCCACACUCGGAAGACGACGACGGUCUUACAGCCAUGCUGCAGUAA